AUGUCCUCGCCAAUUCAUCCCCUGCCCCCCAUCCCUUCCUCUCCUCCUUCAUCCGGAGGCGUCAGGCGUCACCACACAAUAUCGGCUUCCUCGCGCACUGCACGCGCCGCCGCAAAGGACAUCAUAUCCGAGGAAACUCAAGAACAGGCGCACUGGAAUGACGACGAGGUCGUUGAUCAAGACUGGGUUGGCGGCGUCGGUGCUGUAGGCGAGAAGACCUCUCUUCACAGGCAAAGCUCUCUCCCUACCCGCUAUCAUCGCGACCUUCCGAUCGUUGAUCGUGAAUCAACUUCGUUUCUCGCCUUCUGUUUCCAAGGUUCAAAAUCUGGCAAUUUGACACCAAAGUCGGUGAAUAGUCUUGCCGCUAUCGCUGGUCACGAAGGUGACGAGGAGCCAUGGAACUUGGGGGAGUACGCCGUGCAGGACGACGAGCAGCCUCCUGAGCAAGUUCAGCAUCAGCAAGUUGCGGAAGCACAAUCACAGUCCAGUAACUCACCCCUCUCGCCACACGUCAACAACCCUCCCAUUCCUUCACCUCCUCCUGCCGCCUCUGGCGUCCGCCGUCAUGUAUCUCUUACCUACGGAGCUGCUGUUAGCGGCCUUCGCAAAAUAGGCCAAUCAGGCCUCAAACGCUCUGGAACCCUCCAGGCUACCGGUCCUGCUCACUCACAAACUUCGAGCCCUCCGGAUCCAACAGAACAUGCGGAGGAAGAUGAAUAUGCGUACGAUGCUGAAGAUCUCAAUGCAUACGAGGAAGAGUACUAUCUAAGACAACAGAACAACCAAUAUGGUAACAGUCCCAUAGGACAUUCAUCUGCUUGGGCACAAGGGAAUGACCGGAGGACUUCUGGUUCCUCCAACUUCCAGUCGAACCAAGCUGGAAAUGACAAUGGUGCUAUUGACGAUGUUCAGCGUGCUCUAUCUGCACUGGAGCUUGCGAGCAAUCACAAUACUGUUCAAAUGCCCCAUGGUUAUGGUAACUACCAACAGACUGGUCAGAAUAUUCACCCGCCACGUUUCAAUCCCAGUCAUCCCCUUGCACCGGGGCCACGUACUGGAGGGAACGGAAACGGCGGCGCCGGGAACGGGAACAAACUUCAGCUGGUCACUGAUUUUGAUGGUCGGACGACCCCCUUGUCACAGGCCGGACGUGGAGGCCUCACCAAUGCUUCUGGUUAUAACCAUCAGCAACUUCAGGGUCAACAACACCAUCAGAUUCAACAGCGAGACGAACGUGCACAAAUGGUGGGUGGCUCCUGGGAACAGAAGGAUAGGGCGAUUGGAGGCCGCCUGUCCAACUCAAAUCUCCAAUACGGAUAUCAGCAGCAGGGUGGACAUGGCAAAAGUGGGAGUGGGAGCGGUGGAGUUCCAAAUGUGCCUUCCAUUCCCCAACAGUAUCUGCCGCAACAGCAGGGCUCCUCUCAAAGACCAGGUUUGGGUGUCACGACGUCUUUCAGUAGCAAUGGAGCUCAACAAACUGUACCUUCUGGACAAACGCCGACUCAAGCCUUCGUAAACACACCGAUUGACGUGCCCUCCCUGAUCGCAACCAAAGGGUAUAAUCCUGCCAACUUUGAUACACGACCACAAUUUGCAAGAUACUUUGUCAUCAAGUCGUACACUGAGGAUGAUGUGCAUAAAUCCCUCAAGUACGAAAUCUGGAGUUCAACCGACCCGGGGAAUAAAAGGCUGGACAAGGCAUUCAAGGAAACUGCGGGGCGGGGACCCAUUUACCUCUUCUUCAGUGUCAAUGCUAGCGGCCACUUCUGUGGGAUGGCAGAGAUGUUGACUCCUGUUGACUAUACAAGGAGUAGCACAGUCUGGGCGUCAGAUAAAUGGAAAGGUGUCUUCAAAGUCAGGUGGAUUUUUGUCCGGGACAUUCCCAAUCUCAACCUUCGUCAUAUAAAAUUAAAUAACACCCAAGAGCGUAAACCUGUAACCAACUCACGAGAUACCCAAGAGCUCCUUCCAGAUGCUGGUCAAGAGAUGUUACGGAUCUUUCAUACACAUCCCGCAAGGACAUCACUCUUGCAAGAUUUUGCAUUCUAUGAACUUCAAGCGAUGCAAAAAAUGCAAGCGACGGGAGGUGCUUCCCCACCCUCUCAAUCAAACUCCGCUAUCCACUCCCCGUCUCUACAAGCAGCGACCGUGGGCACCACUGGCCUUCAACAGGGGGCGCAAAUCCCAUUUGGAAUGGGCGCCAAUUCAAGCGCUCUUGCAUAUCAAAUGCCCCAGAUUACUCCUAUGAUGCAAAUGCAAUUGCAGAUGGGCAUGAGCAUGGGGUCACAAUUUGGCGUUACCCAACAAAACCAUGCAAUGCACCAAAGUGUGAUGCGCCAUUCUAGUCCUGGUCCUCAGCAGCAGCAGCAAAGUGGCGGGCAAGGAUACGGGUAUUGA